UGUUUGUUAUGCUAUCUACUUAGUUAACUGAUAUAAGUAAAAUGAAAGUAAAACUAAAAAGUUGGAUGGCUGUUGCUGCUUGGCAUUGGAUGGCCAAUGAUGAAACUUGUGGAAUAUGUCGAAUGCAAUUUGAUGGCUGUUGCCCUGACUGCAGGGUUCCUGGUGAUGACUGCCCAUUAGUGUGGGGUAAAUGUACACACGUGUUUCAUAUGCAUUGCAUAUUAAAAUGGUUAAAUUCGCAGCAAAUGCAGCAGUUGUGUCCAAUGUGUCGAAGAGAGUGGCAAUUUAAAGACUAGAAGUGAAUUCCUUUCACAACAAGAAAAAUUUUCGAAGGUUUUGAAAACACCCAUACGAUUUCCAAUCUUAAUUGUUGACCAAGUGCAUAGUGAUUUUCUCCUUGUACUGUUUAAACUGUUGUAAACAUGGACAGAUUUACAUUUAAUUAGUCAUUUAAUAUUUUUUUGUUUCUAACAUGUGUAUAUAUAUAUUUUGUGUAUCUAAUGUAUAUAUUGGUUUUAAAACCUACAGAAAUUGUAAGUGAAUUCUGCAAUGUUUUCCCUUUUGAAUGUAUUGUGUAUAAUGUUUUCAGUGUGGCCACAAGUCAUGGCUUAGAUCAUAAAAAAAGUCAUAUAA